CGCCCUCGAGAGAUCAUCACUCCCACAUGGCAUGCAUGCAUGCUGCACGGGGUUGAGAAAAGCCUCUUCUUCGAGUUUCAACCAAAUGUAAAAACUACAAGCAAAACAAAGUGAUAGCCUACAGGCUGCCGUGAAUUCUUCAUUGAAGAUGGGGAGAGUUUUCUUCCACCGUUGCCCUACUAGUAGUCUGCUGCCCUCUCUGUUGACACUUCACGGGAGGCCCCUCUCUGUGUCCGCUUCAUUGUUUAACCCAAGAGGAACAAGGACAAGGAUAUCAAAGAUCCAAGACAAACAAGAAGAUGAAGACAGUGAGCUUCAUAUUCCAGUCAUGAGGGAGGAAGUCAUAGCUGCAUUGUCUCCGCAACACAAUCGGAUCUUUGUAGAUAUGACCUUUGGAGCAGGUGGCCACACGAGGGCGCUUCUUAAGCAAGGCGUUGAUACACAGGUGUAUGGACUGGAUCGAGACCCGGUUGCGUUUGAUCUUGCUCAAAGAAUGGCUGAGAAGUUCAAAGGGAGACUUCACCCUCUUCUAGGUCGUUUCAGCGAGUUGGAAACACUCCUUCAAGAUGAGGGUCUUGGCCCCAACUCAGUUGAUGGGAUUCUUAUAGAUGCUGGUUGUUCAUCUGUUCAGUUUGAUACUCCAGAGAGAGGCUUUGCACUCAGCAAAGACGGACCAUUGGACAUGAGAAUGGACCAAGACAGGUAUCCGAACCAGCCAACAGCAGCCGACGUUGUAAACUCACUCGAUUCAACGACUCUUGCCAAACUCUUCAAGACCUACGGUGAAGAAUCCCAUGCUAAAAGAAUCGCAACGGCCAUCGUGGAAUACCGCCAGAAGUAUCGUCCGAUCACGACAACGAUGGAACUCGCGACCGUCAUCUCUUGCGCAUUCAGCCACACCGAGUCUCGCAUCAAAAGGGAUAAGAUCGGUCGAUCUGCUCACGUUGCGACAAAGACCUUCCAAGGUUUGAGGAUAUUUGUGAAUAAUGAACUCAAUGAGCUCAGUAGCGGCUUAGAGAUGGCCGGAAAGUUUUUAAGACCUGGUGGGAAACUCGCUAUUCUGUCGUUCCACUCAUUGGAAGAUCGAAUCGUCAAGAGGUUCUUCCAGGGUCGUGAGGUUAAUGAGAAAGGAAGAAGCAUCCAUCAGAAGCGACAAUCAAGUGGAGACAUCUUGAAGAGUUCAAUAACAGACAAUGAUGAGGAGGACGCUAGGCUUUGGGAUCCUCUCAAUCGGAAUAAAGUCAUCUUACCAAGCGAGGAAGAAGUAGAAAGGAAUCCAAGGUCACGAUCGGCUAAACUUAGAGUUGCUGUUAAACUCGGACAAUAGUCUCCAGUUUCAUCACCUGCAUCAAUAGACCUUUAUCAUUCUGCCACCAUCUUGGUCAUGUUCCCUUUAUCCAACGACAGUAAUGGAUGCUGAUAUUCAUUGC